AUGGCUGAAUAUAGAGCGUGCAUCUUUGGGAUUAGAAUAGCAGUCGACAUGAACGUCAACGAACUUUUGGUCAUAGGGGAUUCCGAUCUAUUGAUACACCAAGUUCAAGGGGAAUGGUCCACUAAAAAUGUCAAGAUCCUUCCAUACAUGCAUUGCGUAAAAGAGCAAUGCAAGAAGUUCAUAGAGAUUGAGUUCAAGCACGUUCCCAGGAUUCAGAAUGAGUUCGCAGAUGCCCUCACAACCCUAUCGUCCGUGAUUCAGCAUCAAGACAAGAACUACAUUGACCCUAUCGAGGUAGAGAUCAGGGAUCAACAUGCCUAUUACCUCAAUGAAGAUGAAGAGCCAAACGGUAAACCGUGGUACCUCGAUAUCAAGAGAUUCCUUGCAACUAGAGAAUACCCGGAGAAUGCUACUAAUAGUUAG